UUCAAGUUUCCGCACUAUGAUGAUUAUGAUUAACACGGCACGGUCCAGGAAAUAUAUAUAUACGCUAAUUACUAUUUCAAGCUUAGAUGGUGGAAACAAACACAACUACGACAAGAUCCAUGAAACAAAAGUUAAAUCAGGGACUAUAAAAAUUCAGAUCGAACACAUUUUCCAGUGACAAAUAUUCUUAUCCUUAUAUGUGUGUCGAAAUUGGGAAUUUUACAUUGCAGAAUCACAUGAUGACUAAGCCGGUUAGCGCACGCCCACCCAAUCAAUAACUAUCAGGCUUCAAGGCUCUUGCCCUUUGUGAUAAGGCGUCAUCAUCCUUACUGCCUAGAAGAUGCUUUAGAAAGAGAGGAGCCCUCGAAUUUCUGAGAAUACUUUCUGUAUAGUCAAAGUUCUCGAAGAUCCCCUGUUCUCGUUAAUAGGGAGGACAUCACGCCACGUUUCCCUCUCGUUUCUUCCUGCCACUCUUUUGUGCCUUUCCAUAACCAUGUCCUCCAACGCCACCGCCCAAGAGAGCCCCGAAGCUAGGGAGCUGAGCUUGAUAUCCAAGGUCGAGCUUCGUAUCGCAUUGGCAAGCACAGAUAGCAAACUUCAGACCUUGCUCGGCAUCUACUUGGCUCCUCUGUUGCUCAAGCUGGCGUCGGAGAGCUUGGCCGUGCGCAACAAGGUCAUCAGCGUCUGCCAGCAUAUUAACACGCGUAUCCAACCACAGUCCAUCCAGCUGCCAGUCCCGGCUCUUCUGAAACAGUUCAAAGAACAGCACUCUCCGCUCAUUCGACAUUUUGAUCUUCUGUAUAUUCAACAGGGAAUCAGCCGUCUUACGCCAGCCGCAAGGACUGAAUUGCUUCCAUCAGUGCUGCAAGGCAUUGCAGACAUCGGGACCGAUGGUACACAGGGAGCCAUCGUGUUCAACCUGGUGCUAAGACUACUCCCUCUUUUGAAGUUGCCCCAGAAAGGGAGCCAAGAAGAUCUCGCAUUGAGAGAGAAAUUGGGACUCUCAGGCGAAGAUACUGCGUUUCUGUCGUCGUGGUUCGGGAAGUUGUUGCUUCUAUCACCCGGGGGCAAGAAUAGCGAUAUCUGUCCAGGAAUCACGGCUUCAGAAUAUGUCUUUCUCAACAAGGGAACAUCUCCCGCGGAGACCUGGGAUCCGUCCACUAACGGUGGUCUCAACUUAACGGAGACAAAGGUUGCAGUGGCUAAGUUCCUGGCAAGUGGCUGUUUCACAGAUUCUGAGCGCUUUUUACCCGCCGUGAUUGCUUCUGCAGAUGCCAAUUCUCGUCUGUCCGACAUUGGCGAGGAUAUGUUGAAACGCUUCACGCCGGAUCUCGAGAAUCCCGACGUGGUACAACAGCUCUACACGCUCUAUUUUGGGACGGGAAGGCCCGAUGGGGCACCACCAGCACGUCCUGCACUUCGAGUCAAGAUUUUACAUUUUCUAGGGCGAUCAAUAAAAGCAACAGCGGAUACGCAGAGCGUUGUCAAGAUUCUAGACGAGGGCCUCUUUUCUGAUGAAGCCAGAUCAGUCCAGGGUCUGCUAGCCUCUAAGCUACGGACACAGAUCUUUACGUUCACAACUUGGGUAGUGCGCAUGGGCUCAUCUGAUGAUUUGAAGGUAGUUGCACCCAAGAUUAUCUCAGGAUUGAGGGAUUUUGUUCAAUCGCAGGGUUGGCCUAAUCCUGCAACUAGCGGCCAGACGCUCUCUCCAGCAGACUCUGGUUUGCGUAGCCUUGCCUAUGAGAGCAUAGGCUUGUUGGCGCCUAAAGUUGUGUCCGAUAUGCAGGACGAUUCCGGGUACGGAUUUAAAUUCGGCCUUGUGAGAUGGCUCUUUACCUCCUUGAGCUCCGACGCGUCCAGUUCUCAGAUCUUCGUCAGCAUCGAGCAAGCCUUGGGAAGUGUCCUAAAUUCGUUUGCCAACUCGUCGGACGAAGCGUUUCGGGAACAGCUGCGGCCUUUUCUUGUGCACCAUAUGAACAACCAGCCGGGCGAGGAUGACUCGAUUUCAGGAUACAAGAUUGUUCGAAGUACUCGGUUUGCUGCCGUACGGUUCGCCAACCGCUGUCUGGCAUAUGGGGAUGUCGUGGCUCGUUGGAUCGAUCUCAUGGCUAUUGCUGGUAGGCAGGACAAGGAGCGCGAAGUCGUCGAGGAGGGCCGAAAGGGACUACAUCCUUAUUGGUAUAGGAUGAUAAAUAUCACGAAGAGCGGUACAUUGACUGGCUCGUCGUCAGCGGAGUUGGCCAGAGAUCCAACUUACCGUUUCCCCAGUUUCCAUGAUUUGACGUGCUUUCUGUUAGGUGCCGGGAGCGAGGAAAACCCUUUGGAAGAUGGUGCGGUACCGGGCUCCAAGAAGUUUUCAGGAGCUUUGGUUGCAGCUUUUGCGCCUGCGAUUGCAUUUGUCCGUAAUAUUCUCCUAUGGGAAGCCUUCUCAAAGUCAGGGAUACCUGUUGAGAUAGAACAGGAUUGGGAAUAUCGCCUUGAUGCUCUUCUGGCCUCGAACGAAGCAGCUCGCUCCGCACUGAAGCAGCAUAUCAAAGAUUGUGACCGUGCAACCAUCCUUGCUCUUUUGUCUUCUGCAUUGAACGGCCUUCUCUGGAAUAACGGGGAAGGUCUCGGGCAAUGUGGCGUGCAUUUUAUUGAUGUAUGUUCCCUCGCAUCUAACGACAUUGUUGGCGCUCUGGCGUGUCGAGCACCAUCCUUGAGGGUUCCUAUGUUUUCCAACAAGAAGACUACACAGGAAACUGCGGCACGAGCUUUUGGAAUCCUUGCUUCUCAUGUUUCGUUCGCGGAUGUCGAGCGUCAGACACUGGUUGCUGAUUUGAUGCAGCGUGCGAGGGCCUGGAAAGGCGCUGUUGGACAGGUCGCAAAUCAUGUCAGCGGUGCUCUUCUCGGGAUAACUUACCUUCUCAGCCGGACAGCCUUCCGUAAAAAGCUUAACGUGUUAUCGAAUACGACUAUCACGGAGUCCCUUAGCGUUACCAUCGGUAUCCUCGAGGAGACACGUGAUACCCAGCUGAGGGAAGCAGCACAAAUAGCCCUUGGGCAGCUCUGUCUGUCUGGCGUCAUAUCCCCUGUCAUGCUCCCGCAAGGUGCAGGAGGCUGGAAGAUGGUGAGAGACAAGCUUCUGCAAGACGGAAGGAGAGAAGGCCAAACCGCAAUAUCCACAAUCGGCCGUUUCUCGUUGAUCUUCCCUAAGAGGAAUAACAACGGAGAACCAUUCGCCGAGUUACUCACCUGCCUGCAUGAUUUACAUGAGGUACGCAGCCCAGAGACCCAGUUCGCUGUUGGCGAGGCAUUAAGCACAGCAGCCGUUGGCUGGGCCUCCAAAUCAUUGGUCGGGGAAUUCGACGUGGAUGAAGACGUGCCGGAGUCAGAGAUUCGGACAGAAGUUCUUGUGGAUGUCGCCAACAGAACUAUAGCUGGUUGUGGGGCGCCUAAGCCGUCGCUUAAAAAGGCAUCAGCAAUAUGGCUACUGUGUCUAAUUAAGGACUGCGGCCACUUCGGGGACAUCCAGCACCGGCUCCGUAGCUGCCAAGCCGCAUUCGCAGGCCUAUUGACAGACCGUGACGAAUUUGUGCAGGAAAUCGGCUCUAGAGGACUUGGCUUUGUCUAUGAGAUGGGAGACCAAUCCAUCAAGGAUGAUCUAGUCAGAGACCUAGUGCGUUCAUUUACGGGAAACACCACGAAUCUAGGAGGAGGCUGGGUAGAUUCUGAUACCGAACUCUUCGAACCUGGAGCAUUACCCACCGGAGAUGGUUCGGUGACUACAUACAAAGACAUUAUGAACCUUGCAUCCGAGGUCGGAGACCCCAGCUUGGUCUACAGGUUUAUGUCACUGGCAUCUAAUGAUGCCAUUUGGUCCAGCCGCGCGGCUUUCGGCAGAUUUGGUCUAAGCAAUGUUCUUUCUGACUCAAGCAUCAAUGGAUACUUAUCCAAGAAUCCAAAGAUCUACCCGAAACUCUAUCGGUAUCGUUUCGAUCCAAAUCCAAACGUUCAAAGAUCUAUGAACGACAUUUGGCAGGCACUCGUGAAAGACCCCAAUGCAGUCCUGGAUGCCCAUUUUGACGAGAUUAUGGAUGACUUACUUACAAGCAUUCUGGUUGGCAGAGAAUGGAGAGUCCGUCAGGCUAGCUGUGCCGCUAUCGCGGAUCUGAUCCAAGGGCGCCAGCUGGAGAAGUACGACAAGUACAUGAACGAGAUUCUUACCAAAGCUUUCAAGGUCUUAGAUGAUAUCAAAGAGACCGUCAGAGCCGCAGCUCUCAAGCUCUGUCAGACUAUCACUAACAUGGUGAUCCGCAGUCUCGAAACAGGCGACGGCGAUUCCAAACGAUCGAGGGCAAUGCUUGGUCACAUAGUCCCCUUCUUGCUCGGCGCGGAAGGAAUGGAAUCCAGCGCCCAAGAAGUCCAGGCUUAUGCCAUCACCACUCUUAUACAGAUUUCAAAGAAAUCACCAGGGUCCAUCUUGCGUCCUUUCGUGCCGCAAAUUCUUGAGAGAUUUCUGGGUUCCUUGAGCUCACUGGAACCACAGGCAGUCAACUAUGUCCAUUUGAAUGCCGACAAAUACGGCCUGACGGGUCAACAAAUAGACAAGAUGAGACUAUCGAGCAUUCGCACGUCUCCCAUGAUGGAGGUCAUAGAGCGAUAUCUCCUGGAUUGCCUUGACGACAGCAGUAUGAAAGAAGUAGCCUCAAAACUGGAGAACGUUUUACGAACGGCCGUAGGGCUACCGUCGAAAGUAGGCUGCAGCCGAGUCUUGGUCAUCCUGAGCAUGAAGACAGUUCUCUUUCGGCCCUACGCGGAUCGUUUCGUCCAGUUGCUCAAAAAGCAUGUCCUAGAUCGCAAUGACACUGUGAGCGCAUCCUAUAGCAAUUCUAUAGGCUACCUCAUGCGCCUUGCCAGUGAUGAUAGCGUCCUCGACACGAUAGAGUUCGCAAAAUCGCUCUAUUUCAGAACAGAUGACGCCUCACACCGCGUCAUCUCGGGAGAGAUUCUUCACUCCGUGUCCAAAUUAUCCAGUGACCGCUUUAUGGCAUUUGCAGCUGCCUCCCUGCCGUUCGUCUUUGUGGCUAAACAUGAUACUGACGAUCAAGUAAAGGACUUCUUUCAGAAGACUUGGCAAGACAACGUUGGAGGUUCACGCGCAGUAACCCUGUACUUGAAAGAAAUCUUGAGUCUUAUUGCUGACAAUUUAGAUUCCCCCCAUUGGGCUAUCAAGCAUACGGCCGCUUUGGCCCUUGCUGAUGCUAUUACGUCCUUGGAACAAAACUUGGACCUUGCCACCGGAGAGCUCAUAUGGCCAGUCUUGGAGCGAGCUUUAGCGGGGAAGACUUGGGACGGGAAAGAAAUUGUCUUGAAUGCGUUUGUCAAAUUUACCAACAAGGCGGAGAUACUCUGGAGACAAAGGGAAAAGGUCGGGAAACAGAUGGAAGUCAUUGCCAUCCGGGAGGCAAAGCGCACUAAUCUGGCCUAUCGCCCUCAUGCGAUCAAGGCCUUCGGGGACUUUGCGGAAAUAAGGAACGAUGUUGACCUGAUGUCGGCUAGCCUUAGUAUCGUCCGUCCUGUGGUAGAGGAACUGGCUGAGGACGACAAAGACAAGAUGGACAUUGACUCUGGCAAUGUUCAAGCCAAGUAAGUCAGCUGAGCGCUCUGGUCAACAAUCGGUUCAACAAUCGGUUCGGGGCUGAG